AUGAGUGACCCUCCUCAACAACCCGGCAGGGAAAUGUCCCAAGAAUCAUUCGACCGGGAAAACUCAGCGUUUCUCGCGAAUCAGUUCCAAACCAUGAGAAUGGACAGCGCUCCGACGGAUAGCGACGAAGAGGAAAUCUUCCGCAGAGCCGGCGCACCACCACAAAGACGACAGUCGAUCCCAAGGAGUCAUCAGGAAAACAUCAGAAAUCCGCUGAGCCCAAGGGCGCAGGCGUCGAGAGCGGCCGAAAGCCUAGUGUAUCAACCCCAGGGGCCCGAACCGACGACCCAAACCCGAGGCUCAACCAACCGCCCCCAACCCGCAGUGAGAGGCUUCAACUACCUCAAAACUCGGGUUGAGUUUUACGUACGGAAAGCAGUUUCAUUCUACGAUGACAGUGAGGACCCAAAAGAUUCGUUAGAACAAACAGACCGUCUCAAGGAGACCCUCACUGAACUCCUCCCACAGUGGGUGUCGGCUGUGGAGUCGACAACCGACGCCGAGCCCGAACUCGCCAACGAGUGCGUCGAAAUCGAAGACAAGGUCAGAAGAUCUCUGAGCUACCUCAAAAGACUCAGAAUCUUCAUUGUCAACAACAUCAACGGCACAACCGAAUCGACGUUCGCAAAUUCACGAGUCGCUCCAAGAGCAGCAGCUGCGGAACCGAAUCAAAACCCACCGGUCGGGCCCAGCGCCCAAGUUCCCCCACCUCAACAAAACCCAGAAAACGGAGGACGUCCAUGGAGAACAUCCACUCAAAUAGAUGACCAGGUCAGGGGCGGUCUUUCAGCUGAGCAAGCGCCAUUCUCAGAGACUCCUCACAUAUCUCACAUCGCGCAAAUGCCACCACCAGAACAGACCCCCAGCCUAGGCGAUCCGAACAACAGCCCCCCGGGACCAAGCUCCGCAACACCCCGGCCGGGAGCCCCAGAAAGAAUCAAGGAGAACAGUUCUUCAGUGGAGGACCCAAAAAACUACCUCCCGAAGCUCUCGAAGAACUUCAAGUUGCCUCGAUUCAAUGGAGACGCCAAGGGCUACCGAAAAUUCAUGGACAUGUUCGACACCUUCGUUCAUGAACGGAACAUCCCAGACCUCCAGAAGGUACUUCUCCUCCACGAGGCCCUCGGUGGCAAGGCCUACAACAGUGUGAAACAUCUCAGUGUACGUGCGGAAAACUACCUCCCCAUGAAGCAACUGCUAGAAAGGCUCUUUGGCCAAAAGAGCAUGGCGGAGGACAGUCAUCUGAGGGAGCUGGACCGUAUCCUGUCAACCGGAGGGGACAUCAGACCGGAUAAGUUGCCCACCUUUGUAAAUUCGAUCUCCCAGCAUAUACUAGCUCUCAUUUCCAUCGGACACACAUACGCAACAUUAACAGCAGCAUUCGCUAACAGAAUCCUAGCCAGGCUGUCGUUCGCAACUCAACACAAAUUCAUGGACAUGUUCAGGACAUCCACAAACACCGAGUGCAAACUCGAAGCGCUCCUCUCAUUCCUCGAAACGGAAGCCAUCACAUUCGAGGCACUCAGGGUGAACCAAUCGAACAGAUCCAGCUACGCAGAGUCCUCAAGUCGCCCGGGUCGAGAUCAAGCUCCCCGCACGCACUUCAACCGCCCACAACCUCCGAGGCCGCAAAGUUAUGGAAAUCGCCACCGCAACUACCCAGAAAACUCGUCGUACAAGAAUACGUCGAACAACUUCCACAUCACAGCAUCAACGGCCCGAACACCCUUCCGUCCUACAGCCCCAACACCUCAAAGAUCUCAGGUCACGCCCUGUGUCUUCUGCGAGGCAGACCACCCUUCAUUCAAAUGCACCGCCCAGCUUACCCUCCAGGAGCGUCUGGAAAGAGUUAAAUCAGCGGGAGCGUGCAUGAGAUGCCUCAAACUCAACCACCUCGCCAAGAACUGCCGAGAAGGACCCAAGGUCAACUGCCGGUAUUGUAACUUCAAACAUUACGCAAUACUAUGCAGCAAGGCUCCGAUCAACACCAACACUCAGGCAACAAAAAACACUUCGGUGAACAUCGCCACAGAGACCGGAAGGGACCCCACCUUCCUCUGGACAGCACACGUCAAGGCGGAAAGCCGAACAUCAACCAAGAUAUGCCGAAUCCUAAUCGAUCCAGGAUCGGAAUCUUCUCUCAUCACCGCCGCCAUGGCUCACACUCUGGGUUCAACACCCACAGAACACGUGAACAUGGCGAUGUCAACAGCAGGCGGCCAAAUCACGAACAUCUACAACUGUGGAGUUCACGAAAUCACUCUACGUAGCAGAUUCGAUCCAAGAAAAUCACUCAGGGUGAGAGCAAUCGAGCUCAACUGCAUCUCAAGAACCAAGUUCCCAAUAAUGAGGGAAACCUUCGGUCUUACCCCAGCAGCCGAUCAGAUCGGGAGAGACGAAUCUGAAUGGGUUGACGUCCUUCUCGGGGUUAAGAACCUAGCCAACAUCGGUUUCUCGAACCCGAAAACUUUCGACAAUAUCUUCGCAUUCGAAACGAUUUUCGGAUGGAUCUUCGGAGGCUCCGAGGGAGCAACAAAAUCCGAAAUACAUCUACCAAGAUUCUGCGGAUUCAUCGCAGCACAACCGAGCACUUCGAUCGUCUGUAACGACACAGCAACCUCCCCCCAGAUCCCCCCCAGCAAGGCUGAGUCACCAUCUGCAGUUCGAGAGAACACGAUGGAAGACAUAGAAUGCCUCUGGAGAUCCGAGGCUCUCGGAUUAGAGGAUGAAGCAUCCAGCGAAAUAAAGGAAGAGGAAGACAACCUCAACAAAGCCCUAAUCGAGCACCUCGUGAAAACGACGCAAAGGGACAGCUCAGGGCGAUACAUACUCCGGCUUCCAUUCAGAGACAACCUAAGGGCGUUGGGAGACAACGAAAACCUAUCUCGCUCCCGACUUCACUCAUUUCUCAACAAGCUCAGAGCUGAUCCAACCAAGCUCAAGGCAGUGGACGAUGAAAUCAAGGGUUAUAUCGACGCCGGAUUCGCGGAGGAAGCCCAACCGAAGACAAACCAGCAGCUGGCGCACUACCUUCCAAUUCAAGCGGUCUUCAAGGCAAACCCCGAGGCUCCCUCCGGACUCAAAACCCGGAUAGUCAAAGAUGCAAGCGCCAGGCGCUCAAACGAAGCAGGUUUGAACGACGUCCUUCACCAGGGACCCAACCUGCUCCCUAACAUUCUGAAGGUCAUUUUCAAGUUCCGGCAAUACCGCUACGUCAUCACAGCGGACAUCGAAAAGGCCUUCCUGCAAUUCAGGAUUGCUGAGGAGGAUAGAACAUUCCUCAGAUUCCUCUGGCCCCUCGGGAUCUCGGGCAAUGAGAACGCCAGAAUAAAAGAAUUCUGGGCAACCAGACUCGACUUCGGUCUGGUGUGCUCUCCGUUCUUACAUUGCCAAGGGCUUCGUCUCCACCUCCAGCACACCCAAGAGCUACACCCCAGGGACCGCAUUUUCAUCCAAGAAAUUAUAGACAAUUUCUACAUGGACGAUAUCCCAGCUGGAAGUAAUGACAUCCAGGAUGCGAAACACAGAAUUCAACUCCUAUUCGAGAUCUUCCAGGAAGCCCACAUGCCUCUCAAGAAAUGGUCCACGAAUAGCUCAGAGCUUGCAGAAUUCAUCAACCACCACUCACCGAUAGAAAACCCGACCGUAUCACACGGUCUAGAAAACUCCAAAUUCCUUGGCGUCCCCUGGAACCAAGUAUCGGAUACGCUAUCCGUGCCAACAUCAAAAGCGAUCAGCGAGCUUCAGUCGGGCGAACCUUCAAAAAGAAAACUCCUUAGGGGACUGGCUCAAAUUUUCGACCCUUUAGGGAUAGCGGGACCGACAACAAUAAAUUCCAAAAUCCUGCUCCAGAAGCUGUGGAAAUCAAAACAAGGUUGGGACACACCGUUGGACGAAGCUUACAAGAUCGAAUAUGCGGAAUUCAUCACGAGACUGUCUCAGGGACAGACAUCGAUCAAAAGAUUAAUGCUCACCCCGGACAACCGCAUACAACGCAGAGAACUGCACGCUUUCGCCGACGCGAGCCUGACAGCCUACGGCUGCGUCAUUUACCUGCGAGAAAUUUUCGACAACGCAAUACCAAGGGUUCACUUCUUGAUUGCAAAGGGGAAAGUAAGCCCGGUCAGGCCGAUGUCAAUCCACAGACUCGAACUUUUAGGAGCUCUGUUAUCGGCCAGGCUGGUGAAUACCCUCACAAACCUAGUGGAUCUCAAAAUAGAUUCGACCCACCUAUACUCGGACAACUCCAGUGUAUUGGGUUGGGUGAAAUCAUCGCCAGAACGAUGGAAACCAUACGUAGCAAACAGGAUUCGACGAAUUCACGCACUCGUCGGCCAGGUCGAAUGGAGCUACGUUCAGUCAGAACACAACCCUGCCGACCUCGUUUCGCGCGGAGCAGACAUCUCAGACAAUCCAAACAAAAACCUCUGGCUCAAGGGGCCGAUCUGGUUGAGUCAUCGGGAUCAGAUCCCCACACAACUUCCACCUAACUCGAAGAUCGGAGAUGUAUCCUCCAAGGAAUUUGACGCCGAGCGUCGCCAGAAUGUCGCCUGCAUGGUCACAUCGGCCACCAGGCACAUCCAGGAAGAGUCAAUUUUCUUCGAAAAAACAUUUUCCUCAUGGAUCAAAGCGAUCCGAUUUUGGGCUCUGAUGCAGCGGCUGUCGAAGAAAGCACAGCAAGCAAAAUCUCGAGUUGCUCAAGGCAUCAAAUCCCAACAACAUCCUCGGACCAACGAAAAACUCACUUUCGACGCUGAAGAAAUGAUCGAGGCGAGGCUUUCGCUACUCCAAUUGAUUCAAAAGACAUACUUCAAGGAAGAAUACGAAAACCAAUGCUCAAACGUAAAGAAGAGCCAUCAACUCUAUUUAUAUAACCCGUACCUCGAGGAGGACGGACUCAUUCACUGCAGGUCCAGACUGACCAGGUCAUCACAUUUCUCCGAGUCCCAGAAAAAUCCCAUCAUUCUCCCAGGGAACUGUAACUUAUCCCGAUUAAUCGUCCAAGAUAUUCACGAAAGACAGUGUUUCCACUCAGGGGGGAUGAAUGCCGUCUUGCAAAUAUUACGUCAAGAUUUUUUGCUAAUCCAUGCAAGGAAAAUUGUAAGACAGGUGAUCAACUCAUGCGCCACCUGCAGACUCUUCCACGGCGAGGCCGCAAGCCUCCCAACCCCACCCCUACCAUCAUUCCGUCUUGAGGAGGCUCCCCCUUUCACGAAUACGGGCUGCGAUUUCGCAGGCCCAUUCAGAUACAAAAAAGACUCAGGAGAAGUGGGGAAAUGCUACAUACUCCUGCUGACAUGCAGCGUCAGCAGAGCAGUUCACCUCGAGUUAACGUACGAUCUCUCCACAGUGGAAGUCCUAGGGGCGCUACAGAAAUUCAUAAAUCGAUUCCCAUCUGUACGAACAAUCACAUCAGAUAACGGGCUUUCCUUCCAAAGAGCAGCCAAAGAACUGAGAGUCCUGUACGAACAUAUCAGAAGCGACGAAGUCAAGAAAUUUCUAGCCAACACCUUCAUUAAAUGGAAAUUCAUUACGCCCAGCGCACCCUGGUUCGGAGCGUUCUAUGAACGCCAAGUUCAAACAAUCAAACGCCCCCUGCGAAAGAUCCUAGGGACCGCAAUUCCACAUUUCAGAGAUUUCGAAAUAAUCCUCAGCGGUAUCGAAGCGAUGGUUAACAGCAGACCCAUCACGACCGUCGCCUCAGGGGCGGACGAAAUCGAAGCAUUAACCCCGGCUGAUCUUCUUUUCGGAUACAGAGGCGGAACAUUCCUUCCGGAGCACAAAGCGAAACCUCAAAAGCGGAUAGAUCAAGACAAAAUCAUUUUCUCCACAAGGUGGAAAUACCAGCAACGUUUACUCAGCGCAUACUGGAAACGAUAUCACGAAGAGUACCUACAAUACCUGAAAACAGCACACAAGCAAACCCCAGCAAGGGCCAGGCCCUUAGCCGUUGGCGAAAUCUGUCUACUACAAGGAGAAACGUUCAACAGGGCUCUAUGGCCUCUGUGCCGAGUAAUCGGAUUUCCUGAAAACACCGACCCGAAAACUGCAAGAUCAUGCAUCAUAAGAACAUCAACGGGCCAGGUCCUCAAUCGACCCAUCAAAAAACUCUACCCAAUCGACCCAAUAACCGACCCCAAUCACGAUAUACCCAAAGCUCAAACUUCGCCCACAGCGCCACCGUGA